CGCGCGCCGCGCACGUAACGAUCAACCAUAUCACCAAUACGGCAAUACCCAAAGUGCAUCGUGUGUGACAUUACCGCGGCUGGAUCAGGGGCCCAUUAACGACUAUGCCCAAGCCGCAAACGCACAGCUGCCAUUACAAGUUACAAGCCAUCGAGUCAAAGGAAUAUUGUCACAGAAAGAGCAAGAGCGCGCGCGCAACCGGUGCUGCUCCUUGUAAAAUAUAUAACCUACCUAUAGGUGUAUAUAUACUUGUAGCCAAACCUCGACGGAGAGGCGGCGACGAGUGAUGCGAAUGCAUUGACUGGCGAGUGCGAGAGAGUCAGUCGGUAUAGCUGCUUAUAGUCGGUAGUGUAGCGCGACGAGAAGGAACGAACUGGCGAGUGCUGCAGCGUGCACGAAAAGAGAGAUCCAUUGAGUUCGUGCCGCAUCUCACCUGCCGCCUGCCUCCGUUCGCACAAUUUAUACGACGAGAGAUUCGAGAAAGUAUAAAGAAUUAACGAUCGGAAUCGCGUCUUCGUCGACUGCUCAUAACCAGAGACGGAAUCUCGUCAAUCGCUAAUCGCGCAGUGAAAGAGGAGAAGAGAAGAACAAGGUGCGGGCUCCCGCGAUGUCGCCUGCUGAUCGGCCGCUGGUCCGUGAUACUAUAGUACCAUCGCUGCUGGUGCCUCUGCAUCCUUCUCCUCGGAUCGUCUGAGUUACAGAUUCAAGUACCUCAAUGCGAUUCUCUCCCUCGCACUCCAGCAUCGAUAGUUCUUGUUGUGUGUACAGUGUUCACACGCGAAGCAGCACCCAGCGGCCAGCAGUAAGCGGUGGCAGCCAGCCGAGUGAUAGAGGGACAGUUGAUAGUGCAGAUAUCCAGAGCAGGAGGUGAUGAUUUAAAUGGACUCCUGCAUUUCAACAUUUUCUCAGCAGCAACAAUUUCCUAUUGACCUAAACACAAGUGAGAAGUGGACUAUUAAUCGCGUGUGCAUUAAAUACUAUGGCACAAUACUAUAAUUUGGUGACCAAUUCAAAUGGUACGUAUAGUAUUGAGGAUGUGCAAAUAUGCUCUAUUGAUGGACAGAGAGUUCAGUUUGUAGUUGAGGAUAUUCAUAAUGGUGCAAAUGUGCAAAUAUCCCAACCAAUAGUAGCUUACGCUACUUCACCCGAGAGCACUGAGCAAACAAUUUUUUCACAACCAACAAUUAAUGUAGGAGCGCAAGAUGCUAAUGCUCAGUCGGAACAACGGCAAAGUGUGUACAUAAUUAAAUCAAAUGACCCACCAAUACAGCAAACCAUAUACAAUAAAAUAGACUCUGAAAACUCAAGGUUUCAAGGUGACAAUAGUCUUAAAGUGAAUCAAGGAAAUUGGUUAAGCACAAGGGAAAAUAAUGAACAGUUUGAACUGGUGAUUAAAAAAGAGCCUUUGCCUGUAAAAAGUUUUGUCCCAAAUACUGUAAGGACCCAACAGCAAAUUACUACUGCUCAGGUAUCAGCGCCCAACGUUGUAUUACAAGCUGGACCCGACAAAAAAACAACACGUUUGGUUCCUCUUACAAAACGAAAUUCGUUAGGAGGUCAACCUGUUGGAAUUUUGAGAACCACCUUACAAGGUGUAAACCCUCACACUGUCAAAGUUGGAAAGAUGAAACGUAAUUCAACUGCUGCAAGCAAUUCGACUAUAUCUUUACCCGUACGUUCGAGGGCAUCAACAGGUGGAAUAAACGCGAAUUUGUUGACAACACCUCCACGAGCACCUCAGGCACGACCACCCAUUCACGCGACUGCGUCUCAGAGAAAUUCAGCACCACUGUCGAAAAAUGCACUAUCUCCAAAUAUCCCGGAAAUGGGCCAUUUGAGCGAACGAAUAAAACAAGCCAAUUUGAAACAGAGACAACAAAACAACGAGCAGCGUCAAUUGCAAAAACAACAGCAACCCGUAGUUGCUGUUAAUUCUGCUCAACGAUCUGUUCAGUCAGCGCAAGGACCUGUUCAAAGACAGAGAGCCAUGGGGCAAUUAUUGCAACGACAGCAAAACCCGCAUCAGCAGCAGCAGCAGCAGCAGCAGCAACAGUUGCAGCUGCAGAUGCUUCAACAACAGCAACAACCACAAGUGGCACAACAGAAUCGGCAAAUUCAAGCAGCUGUAGUUGAUGAAAGUGCAGAGCAGCUAAUGGAAGUUGAUUCAAGUGAUAAUAUGGUGCAAUUGGAGAGACUGAAUUGUACUGCAAAAUCAGAUCCAGAAGAGAACUCUAGUGAGAGUGUUGCUUAUUUACAGCAAGAAAUAAGCGACCCUCACACAACAAUAGUGCAACAUCAAAUUACUGGGAAUGAAGCAAAAAUGCUUGUUAUUUUAGCGGAUGGGCAGCAAAGGUUGAUUACUUUUGAAGUCCCUAAAGAAGACUGUACCGUCCAAGAUCUUCUUGAACAAGUAACGGCAAAUAUAUAUUCCACUCAAGAUCCUCAUGUGUCUUUGGUAUCGGAUCCAACUCUUGGUAUAAACUACAUAGUGGAUGUUACACCUAGAACAGCAAGCCUUGAAGAAGAACAGCAUGUUACUACUACGACUGUGGAAACAACAACAGUUGUUACCAAUGUUGUGGAGACAAAAUCACCGGGUAAAAGUAAUAAUAGCAGUCCAUCAACUUUGACGCACCCACCACCAAGUAAAACGGCACCAAAAUAUGUUGAGGGGAUGCUAGCUGUAUGUCCAUAUUGUGGAAUGAGUGCGAUUGAUUUCAAUACCUGCCAAAGGUGUAAAAGAAGAUUGCCAGAUGACGUUAAAGCUAUACCGAUUUGUUCUGGUGCACCGGUUAAAAAGGACAGCACUCUGCCACCGGAAACGUUUUAUAAAAAAGGUGAAUCUGGAGUGCAAAAACCUGAACGGGAUGCGGUUUCAAAAAGGGGCCGAGGUAGAGGUCGAGGAGUAUCGCGACCAAAACAAGUAAAGGAACCAGAAUGCUUAACCAUAUCUUCCGACGAAGAAGAUGAUAACAGAAAAAAGCGAUUAGGAGUCAAUAAAGAUGGAUCAAGUCCACUAAGCUCAACACAUUGUGAGGAAUCCUACAGGAUUAUUGAUAAAGAACCAAUAAUUACAAAUGAUACAUGCAUUAAUAGUCAAAACCCAACGAGUAGUAUAAAAGAAGAAAAUCUACCAGACCCUAUAACGAGUAAUUUAACUACGCAUUUGCCGUGCCGAACUGUAAGAAUAGGAUCUUAUAAAUAUGCUCCGACUGAUCCCGUUCUCAUAUCGUCUGCAGGCUUGAAACUAGAAGUACCGCUUUUAGAAGAUGAUAAUUCUUUUAUUACUGUUGAUAUUGGGCCUAACGAUUUGAUUAAAGCUUUGUUACAUUUUUCUAAAUCAAUGCCCGUUCUAUUUUUCUACAUAACUCCACAAUCUGCAUUAAGAAUAAGAGAGUUAUUAGGAAUGCAAGACCCAAUAGGCCCAUAUUUUGAUCCUGCUGGCAAGGACCAGACGCACAGGAGAAUAACACUCUUACCUGAUAAAAUCUUGGACGAACCUAAAGCUACACUCAAAGAAAUAUACAAACACAAACAUGAAGAAUUAAAUGCAAAAGAAGCUAACGAUAUUCUUGUACAAGCAUCACCGAAAACAAAGAGUACACAACAAUUCAUCACUGUACAAAAUUCUGCGAAAAAGCAAACUUGUACAACAUCUUCUAUCAGCGCGAGUUCCAAUGGAGUUAUACAAACUAUAACGGUAUAUCCACCUCCGCCUGCCAAAGGUGGAAUUGCUAUUAACACUGAAGAUUUUAUUUGUUUGGGCGAAGAUCAAUUUUUAAAUGAUGUUAUUAUAGACUUUUAUCUAAAAUAUUUAACGCUAGAAAUACUUUCGACAACUGACCAUAAUAGGACUCAUGUAUUUAGUUCGUAUUUUUAUAAACGACUGACAAGUCCGCAUACACAAGCGGCAGAAAAUACCGAAAAUCUAUCAGCAGCUGCUAAACGUCACGCAAGAGUUCAAAAGUGGACUAAAAAUGUUAAUAUUUUUGAAAAAGAUUUUAUUGUUAUUCCUAUUAAUGAACAUGCACAUUGGUUCUUAGCUAUUAUAUGUUAUCCUGGUUUAGUUGGCACUGUUGCAUUGAAAACUGAACAAAAAUCUACCAAUGAAAAAGUGGCUGAAAAAAAGAAAAAAGAUGUGAAAGCUAAAAAUGUCAGAAUGAUCGGCGAAACAACUAUCACACCAGUAAAUACUAUACUAUUAGAUACGAAUGACGACGGAUCAGAAAGAGAUGAGGCUGAAGGAGAUGAUGAAGAAAUGGAAACUGAUAGCGAUGAAGAGGAUGAAGCUGAGUCCAAAGCAGAUGUCGACCAAGCAGAGAAGACAAACUGCCAGACACCACCAGUCAAAGAAGUCAAUAAAGUUCCUUGCAUAUUGAUAUUUGAUUCGCUGGCUGGAGCUAGCAGAUGUCGAGUUGUAGCAACGCUAAGAGAUUAUUUAAGUUGUGAAUAUCUAGCAAAGAUGGGUUCAGAAAAGCUUUUUUCAAAGGACACUAUUAAAGGAGCCUGCCCCAGAGUUCCCCAGCAGUCGAAUUUUACUGAUUGCGGCUUGUACGUUUUGCAAUAUGUCGAAAGUUUCUUUAAGACUCCUAUCACGGACUACACAUUACCAAUUAAAACCCUCAAAACAUGGUUCGAAGAAAUAAUUGUUACACGAAAAAGAGAAGAAAUAGCAAAACUAUUGACAAACCUGGUAAACAAUACCAAAGGAGAUAAGACAAUUAAUCUUCCGAAAUUGGUUUUUCCCACGCAAGAUGGACAGUUAAAACAGAAACCCGAACCUGAGGUAGAACCGAAAACAGCGAAAGCAGAAGCUGAAAAUAAGAAAAAAACUUUAGAAGCAGCAGAACAAAAAUCAACCGUUGCUUGCUCUACGACGCAAAGUCCCGAGAUCAAUAGUGAUCCGAGCAAAAGUGGAGUCUCUCAAACCACUAUUCCUCAACCGUCAAACCAGACCUUAUGCACAACGGACGGCAACUUACUUGAGCAGAAAGAAGCAGCGGCGGUGACGACAACGACGACAACCACAAAAUCAUCUACCGAUACUAUGGCAUUCUUAAAGAACAAAAGAAUACCAAGGUUACAGAAAUCCUCCGACAAUCCCGAGGAUAAGCAGGUUGCCAAAAAACAUAAAGGAGAAUCCUUUGAUUCCUGUAAAUAAGUGUUAUCUUUUUUUUUAUAAUGAUGAAUGAAAAAUACUAAUUAAGGUUAGUCACUAUUCGUAAAAAAAAAAUUCUUUACGUAUGAAGUACAUUAUGUAGUUCUUAUAUUGUAAGGUUAAUAAAAUAGGAUGGAAGAUGUCUGCAAAAAAA